AAGACGAUGUGUCAGAGCAGAAGAGUAAAGGAGAAGUUGGGCUGCAGAUUGUGCUGACACUCGGAGAUUCACUUCAGCGCAGCGACCAGCGAGGACUGUCCUGAGCUGCUGCCGCCCGUCGCCCUGGACACACCAGGACAAUGUACCUGUGGCUGAUCCUCCUCUCACUGCCCCUCACCUGGGCAGAUUUCAGGAUGAAGCUGGAACCCAAGGAGCAGACUCGACUGAGGGGAGAACCGUUCACAGCCAACUGUAUCGUCGACAGCACCAGCCUGAUGACCAAAGCGAAGUGGCUUUCACCACAUGGAGAGCUUGUCCGAACAAAAUCGUCCAUGAAUACCCGCGGGACGUAUUUAAUACUGAACGAGAGGCUGCACAUCCCGGCCGUGAGCAGCGAGCAUGCUGGGAACUUCACCUGCAUCAUGUCCGGCAGGGAAAACGGGAGCAACUUCUUGCUGCAGGACAUUUCCACACUGCGAGUCGUGGAGGAGCCCUAUGUGCAGAUCUCUCCGGAGCAGAAGAUGGAUCAGCGGGUGGAGUUUGGUGCGACCGUGCAGCUGAGGGUGAAGGUGGAGGCGUUCCCCAGGCUGACGGACCACCGCUGGGUCUGCCACAGGACGGGCAACAGCACCAAUCACCGGGAAACCGUCAACGAGGAGAACAACAGAUUGGAGAGUUCGUUGCUGCUGGUGCGUGUGGGGGAAGCGGAGAGCGGCUCCUACACAUUCCUCGCUUCCAAUGGCCGCGCAAACGCCUCACUCACCUUCCACCUUCACGUCAAUGGCUUGCCCAGGAUCAGCCGGUUCUUCAGGUGGGUGUUGGGGAGCACGGGGACCAUUGUCCUGCUUCUCAUCUUCUUCGUUGUCCUACUCUUCUACAAGUACAAGCAGAAACCAAAGUACGAGGUUCGCUGGAAGAUCAUCGAGGCGGUGAACGGGAAUGAUUACACCUUCAUCGACCCCACUCAGCUGCCCUACAAUGAGAAGUGGGAGUUCCCCAGGGAGAGGCUGCGCCUGGGGAAGGUGCUGGGUGCCGGGGCCUUUGGCAAGGUUGUGGAGGCGAUGGCGUACGGAAUGGCCGACGGGCAAGAGGUCACCACCGUGGCCGUCAAGAUGCUGAAACCCAGUGCCCACUCCAUCGAGAGAGAAGCCCUGAUGUCGGAGCUGAAGAUUCUCAGCCACCUGGGGCAGCACGCCAAUGUGGUCAACCUGCUGGGGGCCUGCACGCACGGAGGCCCCGUCCUCGUCAUCACCGAGUACUGUUGCUUUGGUGAUCUGCUGAACUUCCUGAAGCAGAAGGCCCAGAGCCUGAGUGACUGUGACCACGCGACCAUCUACAUGAACAAGGCCUUGCUGAAGGAAAUCCUGAGCUCGGACGGAUACCUGGCCAUGAAGCCCAGUGCGGACAGCAAGGCUCCCACCUCUGCCCAGAGCCCCCUCACAGAGACCCAGGGGGACGAGGAGCCGGUGAGUGUGGAUGACCUGCGUGGAUUUGCUCACCAGGUGGCCCAGGGAAUGGACUUCCUCUCCUCCAAAAACUGCAUCCACCGUGAUCUGGCAGCCCGGAACAUUCUGCUGACCCAGGGCCGUGUGGCCAAGAUCUGUGACUUUGGCCUGGCCAGGGACAUCAUGAACGACACCAACUACGUGGUCAAGGGCAAUGCCCGGUUGCCGGUGAAGUGGAUGGCCCCAGAGAGCAUCUUUGACUGUAUCUACACCGUGCAGAGCGACGUCUGGUCCUACGGCAUCCUGCUCUGGGAGAUCUUCUCACUGGGUUCGAGCCCGUACCCGGGGAUUGCCGUUGACACCAGGUUCUACAAGCAGCUGCGAGCCGGGUGCCACAUGGACCGGCCGGCCACCGCCUCUCCGGAGAUCUACGCGAUCAUGAGGCAGUGCUGGAGGCUGGAGGCCAGUCAAAGGCCGACCUUCCAGCAGGUGGUGAAGUUGCUGGGGCAACAGAUGGACCAGCCCUUCGAGCCGGUCUACGCCAACCUGUCGGGCGAUGGAGAGGACAUGGAUGAGGAGGACAUAAAGCCCCAGGAAUCUCCUUGCUGCCAGUCACCCACUCACAGUACCUGUUGGACGGGCAUCGACACCCUGCCGCUCAUCAACCCCUACAGCAAGAUGUGAGGCCUGGCCGGGGUGGGGGUCAGCCAGAGACCCCUCUUCCCAGGGCAUCCGGACAUCCCACCCCUCAGAACAGAGAGAGACCCCCACCCUCCUUCCCCCCUCCCUCCCCCUGGGGCAGACACACCUCUCCAUCGUCAACGCCCCAUGAUCAACCCCCACCCCAUCCAGUGGGCACAGGGGUGGGGACA